UAAUUCAAUCUAGUAUUUAUAUUAAUCCAUAAUCUUUAUGUAAUUUUUAGUGAAACGUAGAAUUGUUGGUUGGCAUCUUAAACAUAACAACAUCCAUGUCGAUGUUCUUAAUUUGGCAUAACUUGUUAGAACCAGAAUGGCUUCCUUCUCCUUCACAUAAAGAGAAUUAGCUCUUUUUUAUUUUUUUUUUUUAUAUGUUUAUUGUCGUAUUGUGCGACUGUCUCUCCUUGCCGCCCACUCCUUCCUCUCAUCUUUUCAUUCACAUCUCUUGUUUUGUCAUCCCUUCAUUUCAGAUGCAGUUCAUGCUUCUGUUCAGUCGUCAAGGCAAGCUCCGGCUGCAGAAAUGGUACGUGCCUCUGUCUGACAAAGAGAAAAAGAAGAUCACCAGAGAGUUGGUCCAGACCGUCUUAGCCCGGAAGCCUAAAAUGUGCAGCUUUCUGGAGUGGAGAGACUUAAAGAUUGUUUAUAAGAGAUAUGCCAGCCUGUAUUUCUGCUGUGCCAUAGAGGACCAGGACAAUGAGCUCAUCACUCUGGAAAUCAUCCACAGAUAUGUGGAGCUGCUGGACAAAUACUUUGGCAGUGUUUGUGAGCUUGACAUUAUUUUCAACUUUGAGAAGGCCUACUUCAUUCUGGAUGAGUUCUUGCUGGGCGGUGAGGCUCAGGAAACGUCCAAGAAGAACGUUCUGAAGGCCAUCGAGCAGGCGGACCUACUGCAGGAGAGCCAGAGUGAAGACUGGGGAAGUUUGCCAAAUGAGGAGAUCUUGUAAAGGCCUAUCCGUGCCUUCAUCCAUUUAAUUGGUAACUAGACUGGUGAAGUCAGUCAGUCAGCAUGGGUUUUUGCAGCUCUGCGAGCCGUGAACUUCUGAUUGCAUGCGUUUCUGUCAGUCUGACUGUCUCUUAACUCUGAGCAAAACAUACAUCAGCACUAAAAGGGUUUUAGCUGGCAUGAACACGGCUAUACAUUUUUCCGUACACACCCGCAGCCCUACUAACAGAGAUUAAAAUAUAAUCCAACACUUUUUGACUCAAGAUAAGCUUUUUGUAGUUUACUUUUGAAGAAGAGUUGAAAAUCAGAUAAAUUGGAAAGUUAAAUUAUAUAAAUGUUGAUUUUGGUUUUUAAAUGUGGAGUUGUGGAGACCGGGGUUGAUUUUUAUACUGACGGCAGCAAAUACAAUUGGUUAGCUUUCUGAUUAUUGAACAAGGAAAUGAUGUUGAAACCUCUUAUAUUUAUGACAUCUUAUGUUUUGGUCCCAAAUUUAAUAUUUUACUUUUGAUCCUCAAAAUCUGCAAUAUCAAAUUAUGGAAUUAAAUAGUUGGACUUGUUCAUUUUCUUUCCACUACACAUUCUCAUUUCCUGCCUACAUUUCAAGGGUCUCUGGUGCCCAUGUUUAAGCUUUCUGAACUAAUACAUUUAAAAACAGUCAUACUUUGUCUUUUUGUUUUGCAGCCUCUAAAAUUUCUUUUAGAAAUCAUGAAAAUGAGGGUAGUAAAUAAUGAAUUUUAGUGCAUUCAAGUUUGUUGGCUGGCAAUGACAUUGGCCUCGGCAAACUAAUUCCUGGCAGCAGAGUCUAGAAUGUCACCUUACUGGUAAGAAGCUGGUUGUGUGAGGCUGAGCAAUACCAGCUAGAAAUAGUUGGACUCACCCCUACUCUUCAACAUUACGAAACUUGAACUGGUCCUGACCAUGCCACACUUGACUAUAUCUUUACUCUUGCACAGCUGGUGAAGGGGUCAUUGACGUUUGUCCAGUUCAAAUAUAUUUUGUGGAUUUAGAAGACUUAGGACUUUGUCCCCCAGUGGCAUUUUGUUGGAAGGUCUUAUAGGACUAUAGGAUACUGGGUGGGGCUUUAAGGUUUAAGGACCUCAGCAUAAAGUCAAGCUGGUCUCAAUGCGUGUUGGGCUCCACCUUGUCCCCGCUGCUGUCUGUGGCAUUUGUGGGCCAGAAUCAAGGUACACAGGUGGAGAGGACUGUGUCUGGCUUGGAAACUGCAGGAUCUCGUCAUUGCUUUUUCCAAACAAUAUGAUUUUUGUUGGUCUCUUAAGAGCCAAACUUUCAGAGUGUACGAGGAAAAUUCACAGUGAAGCUGCCAAAUGAGAGUUGACUCCUGGCCUAUGUCCGAGGCCAUGGAUCUCGACCUGAACAAGGGGAAUGGCCUGAGGCUCAGUAUCUACAUCAAGAAGAAAAGUUUAGGUGUCUAGGUGUCUUGUUCAUUGAUAAUGGUAUGAUGGGUCAGUAGAUGAAUUGGGGCAUUGUCUAGAGGCACUGCUGCUGUAAUUGCGAUAUAGGAGCUGAGCCAAAAAGUAAAGCUCUCGAUUUGCAGGACUGUCAAUCGUCCGACCUCUAACUAUGGUCCAGAGAUAUGGAUCAUGGCACAAAGAACAGGAACAGCUUCCUUCGUAAAGAUACUGAGAGCAACUCAGACUAGAGCUGCUGCCCCACCACAUUAAAAGGAGACAUUUGAUAUAGAUUAAGCAUCUGAUCAAGAUACCCAAUGGGGACCUUGUUUUUUAAGUUUUCUGAGCACAUCUAACUGGGUAGAACCCAGUGCUUACUGAAGAGUCCAUGUAUCACUGCUAGCCUGGGAAUGUCUUAAGAUGUUUAAGAUCCAGUCUUCAACCUGUUAACACUCACAACCCAAUCUCAGAUAAGUGGACGAAUUGACAAAUGGACCACAUCUUCAGAAGUCAUCAGGAAGAAGUUUGACUUUUGAUAAUGUCUGCGGCUACAUAAUCAUUCCUUCAUUUCAAAAAGAUGCUUCUUGCUGAAAGUCAAUUGGAGAAGUUUUUGGGGUUUUUUUAAGACAACAUUUGUUAUUUUUCUAACAGAGUAGAUUUUUUUUGAAUGCAGUUCUUUUACUUGUGAUUUCAGUCUGGAAGUCCAGAGUUAUAUCAGCCGCCCAAUGAUCAUACACCCUGGAAAGACGUGAACCAGCUUCAUGACCCUGAAAUCCUUGAAGUAGAACAUUAAGUUACCUAUCUAGUGCUGCACCAUUACAAAAUUGAGCUCUUUACUGGGUUAAACAUUAUAUAAAAUCUGAAAACGACAACAAAAAAUCUAUAAUCCAAUAAAGAACCAAGCUCAUUUAUCUAUAAAUUGUUUUUAUUGUGGCGCCUCCUCUUGUUAUGGUUGUUUUAUAAUCAAAGCAGCAGUCAGACCACAUUAAAAGAAGACCUCCUGUGGUGAAGUUGCUGCAAGUUAUACAAGAGGAAAACAAUUUAACCAGCAAUCUGCUUGAUAGCACAGCGUAGAAAUCAGGGUACACAGCUGGAGUUUUUAAAGCACUACUGUUACAAUGAAGUUGUACAAGACAAAAAACAGAUGAGAAAUCAGAAUAUAAGCCCUGUGUGGCUAAAAUAGGGCAGGGGCAGUUGGGGCUUAUUUUGGACCUGUUGCCUUGUGUUCCUAGGCAUUAGUAAGGACAUAGCCCGGUAAUUAGAAAACAUACCACAGCGGAUUUGGUGGAAGCUAUUUUGAUAGGGCUGUAAUUAAAUUUUUCUCAAGCCCUGAUCCUUCCUUUGCUGCCAGCGGGCAGAUAUUCUUUAGGAUUAAUGAAGCCUCAGAGGACUCUGAGCAGGUCAGCAUGGCAGACACCUGAGAUAGAUUGAGAAGAGAUGAACUGGGCGGAGAUGUUGAAGUGGUCCAUAUUUGAUCUGUUUUUUUUUUUUGGAGCACAUUCCCUAGACGAGUUGUAGAGUAGGUUGGUAGAUUUGAUCAAACGGUCUUUGUCCUUAUGGAAAGUAUGACCCUUAUGGAAAUGUUUGCCUCACAGGUGUGAUGGUCCCAAAUAUGGCGUCAGAAGCCUCUGGUCUUUUCCAGAAUUAGGCCAGCUAAGGUGAAUACUUUGUGUCUGUGGGUAUAGGCUGUCUGUACCACUAGAGUCUGUAGGGUUUGUUUUUUUUUGUAUGUCUUUGUUUAGUUUAAGAAUCUGUCUGUAGCUCAGUUUCUAGUACCAUCCCUGGUUUCCUGGUAGUGGUGUCUUCACUGUUGACGGUGUACAGUUGUGCUGUGAUCAAAAAUCUGUCUUUCUGUUUAUUUUUGUUUAUGUUGGCGUCAUUACUGCCACUUUCCACUGCUCAACAUAAUAUACAAACUCAUUUGGAUUACCUUUGCACAACGGACUCACUGACGGAGUUAAAGCAUUGCAAACUAUAAGAUGCUCAUAAUGUCUGAUUUCAUGCCAAUUACUUACGUUGCAAAAGUACAAUAUUAACUUCUUCCCAUUUUGUCAGAUUGCAACCACAAGCUUCAAUGUAAUUAAUCUGGACUUCUAUAGAAAUAUACGUCAGCAGGACAACUGUUGAGUUGAGUUUUGUACAAAGAGAUUUUUCUGUUACAUAUUGUUUAUUGUAGUCAGUUAUUGCAUAAUAUUGAAUGUAGUGUCUGUAAAAAGUAUUCACACACCUUAGAAGUUUUACCCUUUACAUUUUUUGUAGACAAAUCAGUCAUGAUCAACAAAAUUUGGGUUUUAUGGGGUUUUUUUGCAAACAACAUAAAAAUUGUGAAAUUGAACACUGAUUUCCACCAAAUAAUAAAAAAGUUCACAUAAAAUAAGUACAUAUUCAUCCCCCUUAAAAGUGACUGACCUAAUUAAACAAAGGUCUUGCCAAUUGGUAUUAGUAGUAUUACACUGAGUGGAAUGGAGAGCAGUGACUGUAGCAUAAAGACAAGGGUCGAAGUUCACCUUCCAACACAAACACACCAGUUAAGAUUAAGACUUUUGUUUUCGCUUUUACUCUAAAUCACAAUUCCUCACUAUUUACUCUCAGGCUAUUAUAUUGAAUCCCAUUAAAACACAUUAAAGAUUGUGGUUGUAACCUGACAAACGUUUAAGCAACAAGAAAACAUUUGCUAGGAUUAAAGCUAAGCUAAGUUACUCCACUUUACCCUGAAACAUGAUGUAGAGAAGGACAUUGUGUGACUCUCUUUGUCUAAACGGAUAAUUUAAUACGAAGGACAGAAUGAAGUGGUUAAAUGCUGCAUUUUGCCUGCUGCUCCGUGUCCUGCAUGUCCUGGUGCUGAGGAGCAGAGUGUGAACGCGGUGGAGGCUGUUACCACUGAGUGUUGUCUUGUUUUCUCUCCCUCAGCCCCGUCAUGAGUACUUUAAUGUGCCUAUGUACUGAUUGGCUGCCAUCUGCUGCUGCUGCUGCUGCUGUCCGCCCUGCAUGCUGCGCUUCUCAGUGCCUGGUACCUUUUCUCUCUGGCCUCUGAGCACCUGACCUUAUGUUCGGGGGUGUAUCGUCGGUCUCACUUUCAAUUCCACUCGAAACGUGACAGCCAGGCUAAAGUGUUGUCCAGGAAAUUAACCACAGCUAAAAUUCAGUGGUGGAUUUUUUAUUAUUAUUGUUUUUAAACUGCUCCUCUGGAACAAGAAAACAUCACUUUUAAACCGAGCUAAUAUAUUCAUGUAGCUAUUGUAAUUGUUUAUUUUAUGCAUUAUUGCAUGUCUGUCAACGGUCUGCUAAAUUUUGUACAUAUUUUUUCUUUCUAUAUGUGGAACAUUUGUGUAUUUUCUUGCUGUAAAGAACAAAGUUUGCAUUUUGUGUCGUCAUGAUCCAUUGUGGGGUUUUUUGUUUUUGUUUUUUUAAAUGAAGCUCAAUUUCCUCUUAUUAGACAUUUUUGCUCCAUCUUUUUCUCUUUGAGAAGCUCUGACUGAAAAUUUGAGUGAAAUUCCUGGUUAAUUAACUGGCGACAUUCUUGGAACAAGAAGAUGGAUUUCAAGCUCAUUGAUUUUUGGUUAAAUAGGACACGUUAGCUCAGUUAGUCACGGGAGUCGCUUGUUCUGCGCAGCUCCCCGUCACUCUGUGGGGAAACACUGCCCCCUGUUGGAGAUUCGGCAGCACAACCAUGCAGGGAGUUUCACUGUGUUUCGGUCUUCUAUUUGCUCUCAGGACCGGAGUGUUUGCGUUUAUAGGAAAAAUAUUUUAAAAAUUAAUAACAGCUCACUGUGUACGGUCAUGCUAACUCUGAAGCUACUUAAACACAGACUGGAGGUUAAUGUUAGUUAUUUUAUUCACAGAUGUAGUGUGUGUGUGUGUUUUUUUUUUUGGUUCACAGAAGAUGUUUUUGUCAGAUUUUAAUUCAUGUUAAAAUCUGUGUGAAUCUAAAACAAGUUAUUAAUUUACAUAUUUUGUGUGUGUGUGUGGGGGGGGGGUUCUGUCAGACUGAUUAUGACUAGAAGUUGUGUGACAUUAAAAUAAGUCUGAGACAAUAGCAAAGACUAGCAAUAAUCUAGAUUCUUAAUUUCUGUUUGACAUGACUCUAUUUUCGUAUUUUAAAAUAAAUGUUAAAAAUAUCACUAAUUAGAUAUGUAAUUUCCACUGAAGGUAAGUGUUUAUAGAUGAAUUAUAUUAAAAUUUAUUUUUGCACCAAAUACAAAUUGUGUGGAUAAAUCAAGGACCACUUAUUCUCAACCAAAAUCUGUCCUCCUAACAAAUAUAAAAAUCAUAAUUGGACCAUUAUGAUGAGUGGAGUGAUGUAAUAAUUGAUUUUAACAAUAUAUAUAAUAAAUCACACAUUUAUGACCAUUAA